AUGGCACCCUCUCCCCUGACGCAGGAAAAGCUCUCCGAGAUAUUAUCUGCUUCCACUUCCCCGCUUGAAACACUGAUAAAGCUCGAGGGAGAGGUUAAUCUACGCUUUUCAAAUGCUCACAUAGCAAGUGAUACAGAGUUCUUAAGCACAUAUUACUCUUCAUACCUAAUCGCUCUCCUUCUUGAGGAUGACAUACAUGAAGCUCGCAUGCUGUUACGCCGUGUUCCUAUAAGCCUUAUCGAGACCGAUACUGUCGUGCGAGUCCUCCCUAAACUGGUGCAGGUUGUUUGGGCGAGGGACCAUACAGCUGUUUACAAUCUACUUAAGACGUCCCCAUGGCCUAAGGUUACUGAACCGCUAGUACAAUCUUACGAGGCCCAUUACCGAAACCAGGUCAUCGAUGAUACCAGUCUAUCCUAUGAGAGUAUCAGACUACCGACCAUUGAGUCCAAGCUAGGACUUGAGGGAGACUCAGACGCUAUGCAGGAUACUGGUGACGAUGUGCCGUCACAGUUGAUACAAGAUCUAUCUGCAAAAGGCUGGACCUAUGAUGCUGUCUCGAAACUGGCUUAUCCUGCAACACCAGCAACGCAUGUGCAAGCGGACGCUCGCAUAAAGCUUGGACAAAUCACUACGGUGGUUGGAAACCAUGGAAGUGGCUGA